CCCACGUUUUCUGCUGGUCUUCUCCAUUAAUUUCUCCCAAUGUCACUUUCAUUCACACCGGGGUGAGGGAGGGAAAACCCAAAAAGUUUUAAGCAAAGCACUAAGAAUGGACUUUUGACUACGAUGCUUCUGAAUUGUUUACAGUAUAAAAUGGGGAAAAUGUAAGUGUUGUUCAACGAAUUGGAAGACUAAUGUGGCAGGACAGGUAGGUAGUGGAGCUCUGCCUAAUAAAAGCUGCGUGCUCGUUACGCCUUUUACCCUUCUUGGCAGUAAUUGAAAAAUUUGCUUUUAAGAAAACGCGCAUUCCGUUUGAACGAGUUCUUCAACACGGUUACAUGUUUAUAUAUUCCCACUCUGUCUUCAUAUAAAAACAGGUCUUGGUCUUCUAUUUCCUGCAAACCCACAGAUUUUGUUUUGUGUUCUGGCGAAAGAGCGUUUUAAGCAUAUUGAAGUUGUUUUGUGAAGUGGGUUGACCUGGGAACAUGGCUUUUCUAAGCACUCGGGCUAUGCUGGUUUUGGGUGUAUCAAUGGCGGUCGCCCUCCACUGCGCUGCUGCGGCUACUUACACCGUGGGAGGCAGCACAGGGUGGGCUGUGCCCACUGCCAAUACGCUAUACACCAGCUGGGCUUCCAGUAACACCUUCAAAGUUGGAGAUUCACUCGUGUUCAACUUCGCUACAAAUGCCCAUGAUGUUCGUCAAGUGACUAAGACAAAUUACGAUAGCUGUAAUUCAACUGGUGCCUUGCAAACCUAUGCAACUGGACCUGCCACUGUUAAUCUCACAGCAUCAGGUCCUCAUUACUACCUCUGUAGCUAUCCUGGUCACUGCAGCGGUGGGCAGAAGUUAUCAAUCACAGUCUCAGCAGCAUCACCAUCACCAUCACCAUCCCCAGCAACAUCACCAGCCCCAUCACCAUCUUCAUCCUCAUCACCACCAUCAGCAACACCAACACCAACACCAUCCCCUUCAUCUUCAUCUUCGCCAUCCCCUUCAUCAUCAGCUUCACCUCCUCCAAUGGCUUCUGAAUCUCCCACUGGUACACCGACCACUCCUGCUGGUACUCCUACCUCUCCUGCUGGUACUGGUUCUACUCCCUCGGGUUCUGGUUCUCCACCUGCUUCCACUCCAACUGGUUCUACAUCAGAUGCUUCCUACCGUUCCAUUUCAUCACUAACUGCCUGGAUGGGCAUGCUCUGUGGUGCUGCUGCUGUAUUCUUUGUGCUAUAAGCAUAGAGCAGAAUAUGUCAUUCAUACACAAUCUUUAGAACCUGUAGGCAGGAUCCUUAGGGAAAAGAGUUUUUACUAUUUGUCUAUCUAUUUAUCCGAAUUGUGUUCUGGAUUAUCUUUAAGGACUGGUUCUUUGUCUUUGAAGAUUCUGAGCAGCUUUCUUCUACACAUAUUUGUUAUUCUGACAUUAUUUGUAUGACAUUCCUUUUGAUUUUGUACUGUA